AUCAAGAAGUUUUAUCUCGUUUUAUUUUUUUAACGAAACAGUAUACUUUGUUAAAGAACUUUCUCCUAUUCUUGGAGAAAAUCAUAAGUAGCUCCUCGGAGCAGCUAUUCACGUUCCUUUCUCCUGUAAUACAAUGAAUUAAUUACGAACACUGCGUGUUGUGGACAGAAAAUUGCAUGUGAGACAAUACAGUUCUAAAACAAUCUAUUUAAAAGAACUCGCUAAUUAUAAGAGCGGAGAUCCAACGUUUAGGCAUGUCAGAAAUUAUUUAGUAUUUGCGAUCUUUCCGUGUUCUUUUUAAAUGCCAAAAUACUUAGACGGCCACGAGACAUGCGUUGGUCCAGCAGGAAAAGCGAAAUGUGGCGAAAUGCAAGAUAUGACGGAAAGAGACGUUAAGUACAUAGUGAUACCUCUUCAUCAUCGGCCUGACUUGAUUAAAGACUGUUGUAAGUUGCUUAAUUCUGAAUGGCCUCGAAGUGAAACUGCACGAAUGAAAUCUCUAAGUGUGUCUUGUGACGAUUUUCCCACGUGUCUAGUUCUAAUUAAUGGCGAGAACAAGGUUCUCGGACACUGCAAAAUAUCUUUGGUGGCUAGAUCGAAAGUUAGCUGUUUCAUAGAGUCUGUCGUAAUCGAUUAUCGAUGUAGAUCUCAAGGAUUAGGGUCUAGACUGUUGCGUGGCGUGGAGGAGUACGUCGCAAAAAGGGGCCUGAAAAAUAUCUACCUAAAAACGGAUGGUCAGGAGGUGUUUUACUAUAAGAACGGAUACAAGGUGUGCGAUCCGUUUAAAGCGUAUGGCAUUAAUGAUAUCAUAACUGCCAGUCCACCCCUCGGUAGGACCAGAUUCAAAGAACGAAAUGGCGAUCAAUCUGCCGGACAAUUGCCACCGCCGCCUCCGCCACCUCCGAUGCCGGCGUUUCAAUUGUCAAAAUUUUUCGACAUGCGAAUGCUGUCCCAAAAAACACAUAUGGUCAAGAAAUUGUGAUACUAGCAUUAUAUCAAAAUUUAAGAGUGCUGAAAACAACGAGAGCUUUCACAAUUGAAAUUAUUGAGAUACUUAAAGAAAAACGAAUUCAAUUUGAUUUAAAUAGAACAAAAUGAGAGAAUAGACAAUUUAGCACAUUGCAACUUAACGAAGAACUUGAACUCUUCUAUUUAGGAAAUCAUAUUCAUUAGUCAUGUAAAUAUAUCAUGUAAAUAAUUUUUUGAAACAUGAAAUCAUUCGUUUGAAAUCAUUCGCGAAUAAACUUGCAUUUGUUUUUUCAGCUCGAUGAAGCGACGCGAAUGAAGUAUUAGAUACUUCAAAUUUUAGGCCUAUAUUCUUGAAUAUA